UCUACUCAUCAUUCUCAUCACUAUACUCAGGUGUAUGGUGAUUCAUUUUGAGAACAGCUCCAAUUUGCAUGCAUCAUAAUAUUACUUUUGUUAUGGAGAGUCAAAACCAUCAAGUCCAAGUUUCCUAUUCAUCAGGAGAAUCCCUUAGAGGAGGAACAUCCUUCUUCAAAACAUGUUUGAACGGACUCAAUGCCUUGUCAGGUGUUGGGAUACUCUCAAUGCCAUAUGCAGUGUCUCAAGGAGGGUGGAUGAGUUUAAUUUUGCUCCUCAUUGUUGCUACUGUGUGUUGGUACACAGGAUUGCUUCUUCAAAGGUGCAUGGACGCACAUCCAUUAAUCAAAUCCUACCCUGACAUAGGCAAGGUUGCUUUCGGUUACAAAGGAAGAGUUGUGGUAGCCAUUUUCAUGUACUUAGAGCUCUAUUUAAUUGCGGUAGAAUUUCUCAUUCUAGAAGGUGACAACCUUGAGAAGUUGUUUCCAAAUAUGAAUUUCAAGAUUGCUGGCCUUAGAAUCCGAGGCAAAGCCGGUUUUGUCUUGCUAACUGCGCUCGUGAUACUGCCAACCACUUGGUUGAAAAGCUUGGGAGUUUUGGCCUACAUUUCUGUUGGUGGGGUUGUGGCUUCUCUUAUUUUGAUUGUUUGUGUUGUGUGUGUUGGUGAAGUUGAUGGAAUUGGGUUUCAUCAGAAAGGAGAGAUAGUUAAUUGGAAAGGGUUGCCUUCUACUGUAAGUCUCUUUGCAUUUUGUUACUGUGGACAUGCAGUCUUUCCUACACUGCGCAAUUCCAUGAAAGAUAGAACUCAAUUCUACAAGGUUUUGAUGGUAUGCUUCAUCACAAGCACUAUAACCUAUGGGUCCAUGGCUAUUAUAGGGUACAAGAUGUUUGGAGAACAUGUGAACUCUCAAGUAACCUUAAAUCUUCCAACAAAAAAAAUAAGCACUAAGAUAGCAAUUUACACCACAUUAAUUAACCCUUUUACCAAGUAUGCUGUUAUAAUCACCCCAAUAACCAAUGCGAUUGAAGAAACAUUACCUCUUUUAUAUAAGGGUAGACCUGUUGUCAUCCUCAUCAGAACAAUCAUUGUGCUAAGCACCUUGCUUGUGGCAUUAUUCAUUCCUUUUUUUGCCUAUGUUAUGGCGUUUAUCGGAGCAUUCUUGAGUGUGGCAGGUUCAUGGAUUUUUCCAUGUUUAUGCUACUUGAAGAUGAAUAAAGCAGCUCAAAAGUUUGGAAUGGAAUUGGUUAUUAUCAUAGGAAUUCUGUUUACAGGGUCAAUUAUUGCUCUAGUUGGUACCUAUAUCUCCAUAAUUCAGAUAAUACAUGACAUCAAGCUAUGAAGAUGGAGAGUUCAAAGUUUCUAAAAUACUAAUUAAGCAAAUCUAUUAAUCAUGUGUAUAGUAUCAAAUCAAAUAAUUAUA